CCAGAGUUCGCUUAAUAAAAGCGUUCCGUACAAAUUGUUGCAUUUGCUAACGAUUUGGAUUUGAUAGGAUUUGAGCAGCAGCAGGUACGCGUAACAUGGAGUCGCAUUCGCGAUAUGGUCGCAGCUUUUCUGGUGGCAGCGCCGCUGGGGGCAACAAUAACAGCGGCGGCAAUAACCUAUACAGACGCCAUAGUCGUUCCCGUUCGCGUUCCCGCGAGCGGAAUCGGGAGCAGGCGAGCAGCUACAAGCGACGGAAUACGCGUUCGCGUAGUCGCGAACAUUAUCGGAACACUGGCAGCGCCGACAAGGAUUUGUAUCGGGAUCUAAUCAAUGAGGACUAUGUCGAGGAGCAGCGUGGCGCCACAAACUACAACAGCAAAUUCAACAACAAUUCGCGCAAUAAUAAUUAUCACAAUCGUCGCGACGACAACUACGAUAGUGAUCGCGAGCGUGAACGGGAGCGCGAUAGGGAUAGGGACCGGGAGCGUGAUCGUGAUCGUGAUAGGGAGCGUGAUCGUGAUCAGCGUGACCAGCGCUGGAAAAACUAUGAACGAGAUCCUCGCGAUCGCAAUUCAGACUAUGAGCGUGGCAUAGAGAGAAGCCGCGAUUAUCGGGCACAUAAUGGCAAUAGCAGCGGCGUUGCAACAACUGUCAACAGUCGGGAGCGUGACAGACGGUGUCCAUCGGACGCAGAUACAUACGACAGUGACGAGAGCGACGAUAGCCAGUUUCGUCGCAAUCACGUCAGGACGAGCAACGAGGCCCUCAACCAGAUUAUAAUAUUUGGUCUGAAAAAGCACAUCACAGAGGCGGACAUUAUGGGCGCGCUGAUACAAGUGAAUAUGGAGCCAUCAUCUAUACGCCUGAUACGGAAAAGACCAACAGGUGCAUCACGCGGUUUCGCAUUUGUCGAGUUUAAUACCGUUGAGGAAGCAACACGUUGGAUGGAAAUAACUCAGGGCACCCUCAAGCUGGGCGAUCAACGUGUCUCGCUGCAAUAUAGCCACAAACGCAUCACCGAUUGGCAUUGCGUUAAGUGUGGCGUCUACAAUUUCAAGCGACGUUUCUCCUGCUUCAUGUGCAUGGCAUCGCGAGCGGAAAGCGAAAGCAUCUUCUCUGGCGGUGGUGAAGGCAUCGAUGAAGUUAGCCCGAUUCUUACAAAAAAGAUCAUGCUGCGCAAUCUGGACGCGUUGACCAACGAGGAGAGCGUCCUAACUGCUCUCCAAAAGGUGCUGCCUAAGCUGGCCAAAACCAUACAUAAAGUGCUCAUUAGUCGCGAUACCCUCACUCAAACGUCUCGCGGCAUUUGUUAUCUCAUUUUUGAGACACUCGUCGAUUCCAUGGAUGUGCAUAAUGCUCUGACCACAUUGGAUCCUCCGCUGCGCAUCGAUGAUCGUGAUGUCUGCAUCAGCUAUUGCAUGGACUUGGAAAGUCGUCCAGUACCGCCGAAGUCGACCUCUCAGAGCGGAACCGCUGGCAGCAUUCACCACAACGGUGAUGUGGUCGCUGUGCCGCCAUCGGAAGCCAUCGGUGGUGGCUAUACAAUUGGGGAUGUGCCCCGUCUGGCCGAAUACAGUGCCUCGUUGUAUGCCUCAACCCCGGCAGAGCAUGCGCACUAUGUGCAGUAUUACACGGACUACUAUCUGGCCGAGAUCAAGAAGGGCGGCCAGCUGAGCAGCACGGGUGAGCGACAAGUGACCGAAGCCAAUUCGGGUGCAGCUGUCGCUCUCUCCGCCAUCCAGCGCAAGCAGAAGAAGAUGAGCAACAUUGAGACAACGGCAACAGCGGCUGCAACAGCUGCAGCGCAUGCCGCUGCUGCGGUAAAGGCAACGUUUGCCGCACAAAAUGUGAUUGCGCCCAGGGGCAAUGAUGGCAAAACUUAUCCGACUCCCGAUGUGACUCGGUAUCAGUACGAUGAGACGUCUGGCUACUAUUACGAUCCCAGCACGGGAUUAUAUUAUGAUGCGCACUCGCAGUACUAUUACAACAAUGAGACGGGCGCCUAUUUGUACUGGGAUCAGCGGCGUAGUACUUAUAUACUUGCCACACCUGCCUCAACGCAGGCGGCGCUGCGGGAAUCCCUUGCGAAGGAGUCACCUGCUGAGAAGGAUGAGGAAUUGUCGAAGAAGGACAAGGGCAAGGAUAAGGACAAUAGCGGCAGCAGCAACAAGCAUGACAAGGUCAAGGUGGCCAAGAAGAUCGUCAAGGACAUGGAGAAAUGGGCCAAACAGCUGAAUCAGAAAAAAGACUAUACGGUGGUGGCCACACCACAGCCCAUUCUGCCAGGACGCGGUGAUCCAAGCGAGGGGCCGAGCACAUCUCGCGGUGCCGCCGGUGCCUAUGCCGAUGUCGGCUUCUCCAUACUCGAGAAAAAGGAACGUGGCAAGCUGAACGACUAUGUGCCACCACCAGCGGCUGCACCCAUGAAUAAACUGAUGAAUGCCUAUGGCGGUGCCUCCGAUUCCGAGGAAGACAACAGCGGCGCAGGCGCACAGAGUGUCGUCGCACAGUCAGGUGUCAGUCUUGGACCUGGACCUACAUCAGCACCUGGGCCAAUAGAUGAGAGCGAAUAUGUGGACUUUCAGAAGCUGACCUGUCUGCUCUGCAAGCGUGCCUUUCAAUCCCACGAUAUUCUGCAGAAGCAUUUAAAAAUGUCAAAUUUGCACAAGGAGAAUCUUGCCAAGCACAACAUGGGGAACGCUGCCGGCGUCGCUGGCGAUGAUGUAGCUAAUGCGGGCUUGUCCUAUCGGGAUCGUGCAAAGGAGCGUCGCCUUAAGUAUGGUGAGGGCGAUCCACCGCCGCCGAAUCGGAGUCGUGAGCGCUUUGAACACGAGAUAAAAAAUAUGCAGACACGAAAAAAAGAGACUGGACCAACGCCUGCAAUGCCCAUCAGCUCCAACAAUGUGGGCAAUCGUCUGCUCCAGAAAAUGGGCUGGUCCGAGGGCCAGGGACUGGGACGCAAGAACCAGGGACGCACACAAAUCAUUGAGGCUGAGGCGCGCUCGAACAACGUGGGAUUGGGCAACAAGAGCGGCACUCUGGCGCCUGGCGACGAUUACAAAACGUACAUUAAGAAAAUGAUGAAAUCUCGUUACGAGAACGCUUAACAUUAACUAAUUAUUUAUUGUUUAUAUUAUUGAUCAUAUAUUAUUAUUAGGUUUGAUUUUAUAUCAUAUAUUUAUGCAUACAAACAAAUUGUAUACCUCAAUUUUCACAACUUUAUAUAAUGUGGUAGCGAACGCAUAAAUUAUUUAAAUACGCC